GCAUUAUUGCAAUUGCAAUUAGACUUUCACCGGCACUUUUUCACAUCAAAUUUUAAAUCUUAAUUGUUUCAUAUUUGUCAAAAAGCUACAAACUACUGGCAUUUCGGAAUGACCACUGAAGAAAUUCCUGCAGAUGUUACCACAAUUAAACUACUUUUGUGUCUCGUUUUUGUGAAAGGGUUAAACAUUACUAUAGGCACUUUCAAGUACUUGCAUUGCACGAAUACAAUAAGUAGGUGUCACAGAAAAUUUUCCAGUCUUACCUGUGGUACUACCGGUAGUACUACUAUUAGUACUACCAACUAGAGAUAGCUAGUGACUGUAGAUACCUGCCGUAUAUUUAAUACAAAACUAUUUUAUUUUCGUAGCCAACUAUCGAUAAUAUUGUCCAAUCGAUACAAGCUCGUCGCUAGCUCUAAUCGAAAAUCUAAAUAGUUGCCUAGCAACGAAUAACAAGAUUCGUUUUCGUUAGUCUAUCGUCAUAUUCUUUGAACAAGACGCGUUCGAUUUCCUAAAAACAAAAAAAUAAAUACGCUUUGGUGCAUAUAAUUUUUCUUGACGACCAGUAUUCUUAAAUCAAAUUUGAAAAUUAAUCGAUUCUUACGGUAUAUUUAAAAGUGCAGGUUUAAUCGAUAAUGGCCGCGACCUUAACAUUUAAGUGCAGUAUUGAUUAAUAAAGUCCUCGGAACUAGGUCAGGUGAGAAUCUCUCUAGAGAUAGAGUCAUGGAUGAGCGUACUAUAGACCUGAUUUUUGGAGGUUCGCUGAAGAGCCUUCCUCCGGUCAGCUCGAAGAUCGUGAGGAUAUUCACCAGUUCCACAUUCACGGAUACAACUAUGGAAAGGAAUACGCUGAUGGCAAAAUGCUAUCCCAGAAUUAAGGAUUACUGCAGGGAAAAGCAUGGCUUAGAAUUUCAGGUAGUGGACAUGCGAUGGGGGGUGAGGGACGAAGCGACAGACGACCACAUGACCACAGAACUGUGCAUGAGAGAGAUCAAGAAUUGCCAGCGGCUUUCCAUGGGGCCCAAUUUCGUUGUGUUUCUGGGCCAGAAAUAUGGCUACAGACCGAUCCCAACAUACGUACUGUCGUCCGAGCUGCAGAUGCUGCGAGACGAGCUGGCUGCCGGCGGGGUAGACGUCAUACUCCUGGAUACAUGGUAUAAGAAGGACUCGAAUGCCGUGCCUCCGGUAUCCGUUCUCCAGCCCAUAUCAUCUAUCCUCAUCAACUUUAAUAACAAGCGAGUACCAAAACUACAAGCCGAAGACCAAGCCGUGUGGUGGGACACCCUGAACAAGAUGCAGAAACUGUUCAGAAAGGCCUCCCUGCAACUUUACAACGCUGGGAAGAUUGACAAGGACACCAUGCAUAACUAUUUCAUGUCAGUGACUGAACGAGAAGUGAUUAAUGGUGUUCUCAACGUGAAGAAUACGAAGAAUCACUGUCUAGCGUACGUCAGAUACAUCAAUAACAUCAAUCUCCAGAACCUGAAGAAGGCUAGCAAUUUCGUCGAUAUCCUCAACAGGAGUUUGGACACUGAGGCUUCAAAGCUCCUUGCCGAUUUAAGGGAUGUUAGGCUCCCGGAAAAGAUUGAGACUACUAAUAUCCAAAAAUAUACUGUGGAAUGGAUUGGUCGAGACGGUCUUGACCCAGAGACCCACGGGGAAUAUCUCAACCACUUCAUCACUCACUUCUAUAAGAAUAUUGUCAAAUUAGUUGACAGGGCCAUGCGUAAGGAAGAUAGUAGUGCCCAGGGUCAGAUAGUGACAGAGAUUCUGCAACAUCUACAUGCUUGCAACAAUUCUGUAAAGGUGUUCCACGGAAGGGAAGAUGACUUGAAGUUCAUUGAGAAUUAUAUCAAGAAUUCUUCAGACAAACCUCUCGUUCUUUAUGGUGAAGGUGGCUGCGGCAAAACGAGCCUUCUAUCAAAAAGCGCCGCAAAGUGUCUGGACGAGUGGUUCGCUGACGUGAGACCCACCAAUGUGAUAAGGUUUCUUGGCACUACGCCGGAUUCCAGCGCGCUUACUCCUACCCUCAUUUCUAUUUGUCAGCAGAUAUCAUACAACUUCGCGUUGCCCUUCGAGGGCAUCCCUGAUGACCUGGUACCGCUAACAGCGUACUUCAAGCAGUUAUUGACGAUAGCUACAGAACAGCAGCCUCUGCUGCUCUUCUUGGACUCUGUGGACCAGCUCACCGGGAUAGGCACGGAGAACAACAAAGUAUCUUGGUUGCCGACACGACUACCGCCGCAUUGUAAAAUCAUGGUGACUUGUGCUCGGGAGGAGACUAAUCCAGAGGUUUCAAAGGAAUACGAGGUCCUGAAGCGUAUGAUUGACUCUGAAGAGAACUUUCUUGAGGUGACCGCUUUGGGAGAAGACCUGGCUAUGCAAGUUUUGAAGCUCUGGAUGGCCUCGGCAGCUCGCGAUCUUUCAAAUUACCAGUGGCGGUUGGUCUCUAACGCUAUAAGCUCAUGUUCUUUGCCUAUAUUUGUCAAAUUGGUAUUCGCUGAGGUGUGCCGCUGGAGAAGCUAUACCAAGCCAACGGAUACGCACCUCGCAUCAACUGUAAUGGAUUCAAUUAUGAUGUUGUUUGAGAGGAUCGAAAAACAGCAUGGUCGUCUACUGGUGUUCCACGCGCUGGCCUACAUCACAGCAGCUCGCAGUGGUCUCUCGGAGACAGAGCUGGAGGACCUGAUCUCUUUGGAUGACAAGGUCUUGGAUGACGUCUACCAAUACCAUCUGCCUCCUGUCAGGAGAAUACCUCCUUUGCUUUGGACAAGGAUACGUAAUGACCUCCCAAACUACCUCUCAGAGAGGGAAGCAGAUGGAGUAUCUGUGAUGAACUGGUACCACCGGCAGUUCAGAGACACGGCCCGGGAGAGGUACUUCAAGAAUAUGAACAUGGCUAUGUACUUCCAUUCGAUGAUUGCGGAUUAUUAUCUAGGCAUUUGGGGUGGAGGAACCCCGAAGCCAUUCAAGUAUACAGAGAUCCAACGCCACCGCUUCAACCUAGCCGACAAGGAAGGUAUAGCCGAUAGAAAAGUGCCUCUCCAACCACUGGUCUUCACCUCAGCUGAUGGUGCUACUAAGAGAUACAAUCUGAGAAAGUUUGGCGAACUACCCUUUCACCUGGUCCGUUCGAAACGCUUCACGGAUCUCUAUGCAGAAGUACUUUUCAACUACGAAUGGCUCCAUGCCAAGCUAAACUGCUGCCCCCUACAAGCGGUCUUAGCUGACUUCGAAGACGCCAAGCUACAUGUCAAUAAAGACGCCGUCAGAGAAUUAAUGCUAGUAGCCGAUGCGCUUCGCCUUGGAGGAGCUAUCCUUGGCACUUAUUCAGACAUGUUGGCUCCUCAACUGGUUGGGAGACUGUUGCCUGAAGCUCCUCACAACCCUGCAGUCGCGUCGUUACUGAAGCAAUGUCAUGAUAAAGGGAAGAACCAUUGCGCGUUGCUGCCCAGUCAUCAUUGCUUGCAUACUCCGGGGGGACCUUUGAAGUAUUCCCUGGAAGGUCACCAGUUCGCAGUGUUCGCUUUUCGGCUCAGUUCGGAUAAGCGCUACGUGGUCUCCAUAUCCAGUCGGGUUAUAUCCUGGGACCUGUCAACAUCGGACCUGGCUCGGGACCUGUGCCCUCAGCUGGAAGGCAUCAUGCAGAAUUUAGAGCUAUCGCCUGACAACAAAUGGGCUGCAGCUUCUACUAACAAUUCAGUUUCUAUGCUGCUGAAUAUGCUGACCAGUGAAUACAUCACAAUCAACAAUCCUCUUGAUGAAGGAGAAACUGUAAGAGGAGUGGCAGUCCUGAACCAUCACAUGGUCAUCUAUGGUCCUCGCUCGUGGGUUCAGUAUUCAAUGAGAGGAGAACACGAACAAACCCUUCCUGUGCCCGAUACUGCGCCGUACGAGGGCGAUAUUUGGGAAAUACUUUCGAUCGAGUUCAGAGAUCUUGAAAACUUUGUCCUAGUGAUGUGGAGUGGUGAUUUGGACGAGGACAGACUUCUGGUGCAGUUCUGCAAAGAUGGCGUUUGGAUGCAACCCCUAAGGUGUCGGGGCGCCAUGGCCUUGAAUAAGAACUGGACCAAAAUCUAUACUAGUGACCCUGAAAGGGGAUAUCAGAUAACAAUAUUCGAGUUGAACGUAGAAGCGUCCAAAUGGAUCAAGUGCCAGGAGCUGAACCACAUGGAAACAGAUACUGCAGAGGCCGUGUUGCAGUUGAAAAGAGGCAAGAAAGACCGCAUGCUUUUGGCCACGACCACAUACAGCUUUGUGGUAUGGGACUUCGAUUACACAAUACCGAGGGACAAACACGAAAUUGAAAUUAAAAAGAAGAAAGGAGAGAACAAGAGAGAUGAAGAGGAAGAAGAAAAGCAGGAUGAACCAAAAAAAGACCAUCGCAUUGAAGGCAUAGUCCUGAAGCUGCCGCACACAAUAAGAAACAUAUCGACCAAGAUGACCCUCUCCAACUCUUUUAUGAUCAGCAAGAAUAAUGUUUACGCUGUGGCUGGAGUCAGAAAGAACCUGUACGUAUGGAGCUUGGAGACGACCAAGUUGAUAAAAGUCUUGGACGCGCACUUCGGCAGAAUCGUCCAACUGGAACCACUCACCGUGGGUUCAUGGAACAACGUCAUCACCUCCUCCAUCGACAGAACUGUCAAGAUCUGGAACAUAGACAAUAUCUUCGAACAAGUCCAUAAGAUCGACAGGCAGGAGUUACCAAUUGAUUCUAUCAGUCUAGCCCGCGACCAGCGCCUGGCGGCGACCGCCACACGGAGUUGCUGGGGUCUGUGGGACACCAGCACUGGGAAACUUAUAGCUCAGCUGGCUGAUGCUCCUCUAGGGGCCAUUGUGACACAUGCGGUCAUCACGCCUAGUGGGGAGAAUGUUAUCACUGCUGAAUCGGGAAACGUGGUCAUUUGGGACACUCCAGAAAAACAGGUCAUAUUUAAAGAAGAGCAAAAGGGCGUGAAGCAGGUUCUUCUUCUAGAAGAUGGCACGAAAUUCAUCACCAUCUCCAUGAAAUCCGCUGCGGACAAUGUUGACAGUGUUGCCAUAGCUGCUAUUGUUGCUAGGACUAUACCCGACGGUGAAAAGAUCUACACGGCGGAGUACGAAGUAAGGAGCAUGGUCUACCGAGCUGCAGUGGUAUCAGUGGAUGAGCACCACAUCGUGGCGCCAGGGGUGGACAAGUCUUCUAGGGAUUGUUUGCAUGUGUUUCAUGCCAAGACAGGAACUAGGUUACAUAGGAUCCCAAUCAAGAACAGCGGAAUCAAGGAUAUCCAGUCAAUCGUGGCGCUGCCUCACAAGCCUCUGUGGGUGGCUGUGGUGGGCAGCGACAAGGCUGGGAUUCUGGACAUCAAGACGAAACGACACGUCAGAAUCGUCCCACGAUGGAACGGCGCUUGCACCAAAGACGGCAAGAUUGGUCUUUGCGCACCCUCCAGAGGAGGUCUUGACUUGAUCGAGCUGAAACGCGGGACCACCAUUGAGCCUCUCAUAUCAAGGGCUGCUGAAGGAGUCUUCUCGAUCAUCACCAUGUUUAGCUCCGAUGACCUGUACGUGUUUUAUUACCACAGCGGCAGAAAGACCUUGAGAGUUUUCAGAACUGUGGAUGGCAAAGCGGUAGCCGAAUACAGGGCUCCAGCAGAAGUGACAGGUGUGGCGAGUGCGCACGGGGGCAAAGCCUUAGCUAUAGCCUCUCAAGAUGGCUGCCUCACCAUCUUGAACAUUGUCGAUCCUAACGAAUAGUGUAAGAGUUAAAAAUCGUUUGCAUAUCAUUAAAUAUGUUAUUUUACUCAAUUAAGUACUUAAAUCAAGUGUACAAAAUCUUUAAUUAAUUACAAAACUGAUUUGAUUGUA